GCCCCAGCCCGGCCUUGCUCCGGCCGCCGCCACCGCCUCUGUUUUGUUUCCAUGGCGACAGGCGGCGCGGGGCCCGCUCCAAACAUAACGCUCUGUGGAAAACAUGCGGCUUGGGGGGCCCCCCCGCAGCUCCCGCUCGGGGCCGGGCCCAGAGGGGCCGGGGAGCAGUCCACGCCACGCACGGUUUGGCAGCUGCCCCCAGAUCCGGACCAGGAGCAUAAGACCCCCCUCUCCUAAGCCCGCCGCUCCUUUAGGGGUUCGGGGCUCCGCUCAGCCGAGGCGCUGUGCCUCUCCCAGGCGCUCCUGGCCGACCGCCCUUCCCGCCUGCAGAGGCCGCCUCUGCCUGGGCAUUCGGCCGCCCUCCCUCGAAACCCGCAGCCCCGCCUCCCGCUGUGCCGCUGCCUCCCGAGCCGAGAGAAGCCGCGCCUCCCCGGGGGCCUCCCCAGGCCCCCAACCCCGAGAGGACAGAGGGGCGGGGGCCGGGGGUGGGUCCUUGCGGAUGAGGGCAGAAGCGCGCAGGGAGGUGCUUCCGGAACAGAGGGCGUGCAAGAUGGCGGCGCCCAUGGAGCUAUUCUGCUGGUCAGGGGGCUGGGGGCUUCCGUCAGUGGACCUGGACAGCCUGGCCGUGCUGACCUAUGCCAGAUUUACUGGUGCUCCACUCAAGGUACACAAGAUCACCAACCCCUGGCGGAGCCCUUCAGGAACUCUGCCAGCCCUUCGGACUAGUCAUGGAGAAGUCAUCUCAAUACCACACAAGAUCAUCACCCACCUCCGAAAAGAGAAGUAUAAUGCUGAUUAUGAUCUGUCAGCUCGGCAAGGAGCAGAUACCCUGGCUUUCAUGUCUCUGCUGGAGGAAAAACUGCUCCCUGUACUGAUACAUACUUUUUGGAUAGACACCAAGAACUAUGUAGAAGUGACCCGGAAGUGGUAUGCAGAGACUAUGCCCUUUCCCCUCAACUUCUUCCUACCUGGCCGCAUGCAGCGUCAGUACAUGGAGCGGCUGCAGCUGCUGUGUGGGGAGCACAGGCCUGAGAAUGAAGAAGAACUAGAGAAGGAGCUGUACCAAGAAGCUCGGGAAUGCCUGACCCUUCUGUCUCAGCGCCUGGGCUCUCAAAAAUUCUUCUUUGGAGAUGCCCCCGCUUCACUGGACGCCUUUGUCUUCAGCCACUUGGCCCUGCUGCUGCAGGCAAAGUUACCCAAUGGGAAGCUGCAGGCCCACCUGCGAGGGCUUCACAACCUCUGUGCCUACUGUACCCACAUCCUCAGCCUCUACUUCCCCUGGGAUGGAGCCGAGGUGCCACCCCCACGCCAGACACCAAUAGGCCCAGAGACUGAGGAAGAACCAUACCGGCGCCGGAACCAGAUUCUGUCUGUGCUGGCAGGGCUGGCAGCCAUGGUGGGCUAUGCCUUGCUCAGUGGUAUUGUCUCUAUCCAGAGGACAACCCCUGCUCGGACUCCAGGCAACCGUGCCCUAGGCAUGGCUGAGGAGGAUGAAGAGGAAUGAUUUGUCCUUAUGCUCCCAGGACUGGUUUUUCUACUGUCAUGCAUUCCAGGGGCCCCUCUGCCUCCCCAUUGUUGGUACAGCCAGAAAUGGGGUGCUAUCCCCAGAAUAAAGCUGCUCACACU